CUCGCCCCUGCCCGCCGGUAAGACGCCUCCCAAGGGGCCCCCUUCAGUGGUAGAGGGGCCUGAAGACCAUCUCUCCCCCAUCAGCCUGCCGCCUCCCUAUGCUGUGCACAGUGACUCUAAUAUGCCAGAGGAUUAUCCAGAUCAGUUUGAUGAGGUAGUGGACUUUAUUCAAGCUACCAUUAAAAGACUGAGGAGGUCACCGGAUAAACAGACCCCAGUUUUUUCUAGGCGGGAGAGAAACCGGCAAAACGCAGCCACGAACGUAGAGAAUUCCAAUAAAAAGGGAAGGAGGAAUCAAAAGAGCAAAAAUCGAGGAUGUGUCUUAACAGAAAUACAUUUAAACGUGACUGACUUGGAUCUGGGAUACGAAACCAAAGAAGAGCUAAUUUUCCGGUAUUGCAGUGGAUCUUGCGAUGCAGCUGAGACCACGUAUGACAAAAUUUUAAAAAACUUAACCAGAAAGAAAAAACUAGUCACUGACAAAGUGAGGCAAGCUUGUUGCAGACCCACAGCAUUUGAUGAUGACCUGUCCUUUCUGGAUGAUAACCUGGUUUACCACAUACUGAAAAAACAUUCCGCAAAAAGGUGUGGAUGCGUCUGA